AAAAUCUACGAGACACCCAGAGGAGAGAGGAACAAGGUCAUGGCUGGCCAUUAAAGUCAAGCUAGCAACUCACCCCAGCCCAAAAAAAAAAAAAAGGUACUGAGUCUCAUCCUUCUGGCUAUCUCUGAUUCUCACAGACAGGCGACACAAACGCCACUUCCACAAUGUGGACGCUGCCCCCGCCACCGCCACCAACCAUCCGCCUCCACCCCACACAGUAAACUCUGUUUCCAUUACUCUGUCUCUGUUUCUCUCUCUCUUUCUCUCGCCGGCGCUGCAUUAUCCGGCGAAUGUCUGUCGGUUGUGAUUCCCCGCAACCUCACCGAGAAAAACAUGCAACAGACGCUCCUCAUUCCUACUGAAGAAGGCAUCAAUCCCAGCACACCUGCCAACGAAGCGAAUAAGAAAAAAUCUGAACUGAAAGAGAAAGGAAUUGAGCUAGUGGUCCCACCUCCCUGUCUGGUGCUCGGUCGGCCUCGGACCCAAGCUGGGCUGCGGCGCGUGGCACCUACCGUCCCUGCCUCCGGUGCCCAUAACGUCGCCACCCGCGCCGUAGAGAAUGUCGUCCUGAACGGAGAUCUUUAUACUGGUACUUUACUGCGGAAUGUGCCACACGGUACUGGGAAAUAUCUGUGGGCGGACGGGUGCAUGUAUGAAGGUGAAUGGAAGAGAGGUAAAGCCUGUGGAAGAGGCAAGUUCUCUUGGCCAUCUGGGGCUACCUACGAGGGCGAAUUCAAGGCGGGUCGAAUAGAUGGGUACGGUACAUUCAUUGGUACUGAGGGCGAGAUGUACCGUGGGACGUGGGUCGCUGAUCGGAAACAUGGGGUUGGCGAGAAGUGCUACGCGAAUGGAGAUGUGUACGAAGGAUCGUGGAGGAACAAUUUGCAAGAUGGAGAAGGUAGGUACGUGUGGAAGAAUGGGAAUGAGUAUGCGGGUGAGUGGAAGAAUGGUGCGAUCUCUGGCAAAGGAGUUUUGAUUUGGACAAAUGGGAAUCGAUAUGAAGGGUUUUGGGAGAACGGUGUUCCAAAGGGGAAGGGAGUAUUCACUUGGGCUGAUGGAAUCAGCUCUACUGGGAAUUGGGAGAAGAAUACUGAGAUGAUGACGACGGCGAGGAAGAGGUCGUCGGUGGACGGAUCGAGGAAUGUGAAUUUCCCCCGGAUUUGCAUCUGGGAACUUGACGGCGAAGCUGGAGAUAUUACUUGCGAUAUCGUUGAGCCAUCUGAGUUAUACGGUGAUGUUAGUGAAUCUGUUCACGGGGAGGAAGCAAAUACCGGCGAGUUCCAGAAAAGUCCAUGUCUGUUGGCCGAUGGCGAUCUGAAGAGACCAGGUCAAACUGUAUCGAAGGGGCAUAAGAACUACGAUUUGAUGCUUAAUCUUCAACUGGGUAUCAGGUACUCUGUUGGGAAGCAUGCUUCGGUUAUGCGAGAACUUAGGCAGGGAGAUUUUGAUCCGAAGGAGAAGUUCUGGACGAGGUUUCCACCAGAAGGAUCUAAGUGUACGCCUCCGCAUCAGUCAGUGGACUUCAGGUGGAAAGACUAUUGUCCAAUCGUCUUCAGACAUUUAAGGGAGUUAUUUGCAAUAGAUCCGGCGGAUUAUAUGCUGGCUAUUUGCGGAAAUGACUCGCUCAGAGAGAUGUCAUCUCCUGGGAAAAGUGGAAGCUUCUUUUACCUUACUCAAGAUGACAGAUUCAUUAUUAAAACCGUGAAGAAGUCGGAAGUCAAGGUGCUCAUCAGGAUGCUUCCAAGUUACUACAACCAUGUUUGUCAAUACAAGAACUCCCUUGUUACAAAAUUCCUUGGCGUUCAUUGUGUCAAGCCUAUUGGAGGUCAGAAGACCAGGUUUAUUGUGAUGGGCAACGUGUUCUGUUCUGAGUACCGGAUCCAUAAGAGGUUUGACCUCAAAGGUUCUUCUCAUGGUCGUACAACAGAUAAGCCGCAGGAAGAAAUUGAUGAAACCACUACCCUCAAAGAUCUCGAUCUUAAUUUUGUCUUUCGACUGGAACAGUCUUGGUUUCAGAAGUUUAAAUGGCAACUGGACAAGGACUGUGAAUUCCUAGAGUCAGAGGGAAUCAUGGAUUACAGUCUUCUGAUUGGUCUUCAUUUUCGUGAUGAUUACUCAGAUGAUGAAAAGAAAAGUCCAGCAUAUGAUUUGCGUUCAGGAAAGAGAAAUUUUCUUGGCGAUGAGAUGCACGACAUGAGGUGGAUACCUAGUAGCCGGGAGCCUCUAAUCCGGUUAGGAACAAACACUCCUGCCAGAGCCGAGAGAGUUUGUAGGAUAGGAUUGGAGCAAAAGGGUAGUGGAAGUAGCAAUUCAUCUCCUUCGGAUGGUGGGGGUGAUGGUGGUGAGAUAUUGGACGUCAUCCUCUUCUUUGGUAUCAUUGACAUUCUCCAAGACUACGAUAUUACCAAAAAGCUAGAACAUGCAUACAAGUCGCUGCAAGUGGAUCCCACCUCCAUCUCAGCCGUUGAUCCCAAGCUAUAUUCAAAAAGAUUUAGGUUUUUCAUACACAGAAUCUUUGUAGAGGACAAAUGACACGCAGGGAAAGAAAGUGACAACUACUGGAAUUGAACCAAGACUAAUUUUGAGCAUGCUUAAGGGGACACAACCCUUAUCUCAGCAGAGAGGACCCCUACAGGGUAUGUAUAUCAGUGAAUUCUGCAAACGAGCAAAGUUUGGAGUUUCUUUGUUGAUGGCUACAUUUUUCUAAUAGCCAUUGCAAAAAAGAAAAUGGGUAGGGGAGGAAUGUCCCAAGCUCUAUGAAUUCGGUUGUUUCAUUCUCUUUUAACCUCUUUCAAACGCUUUUUAGGGUAGUAUGUAUUUGUUCUUUCAUUAUUUCAAAAAAAAAAAAAAGGAAAGGAAAGGAAAAAGAGUGGGGGAGGGGAAAAAAAAGAGGCAUGGAUGUGAUUUUGGUUUUUAUUUGGGGAGAGAGAUUGACAACUUAGCUUGUACAUCCCAGGACAUGUGGUGAAGCAUAUGUAUAUUUUUUUUUUUGUUCCAUUGCUUUUUCUUGUGGAA